AUGUUUAGAAAACUUCCAGGGAAAGCCUCGCCAGCCACUGCGACAUCGCAGGAUGUUAACUCACAUCCAGUUGGCUGCAAAGUGAUCCAUGAACCAGCUACGUUGCAUGCACGUGCAGACAUUGUUCUUGUCCACGGAUUACGGGGACAUCAAAAUCGGACCUGGACAACGGGCGGGAUUUUCUGGCCUAAGGACCUUCUGCCCGAAGACUUAUCAGAUGUCCGCAUAAUAUCAUUCGGAUGUGAUGCCAAUGUCACCAACUUUCUUCAACCUACAUCGAUAAAUAACAUUCACUACCAUGCAAAGGCAUUACUCGAGGGUCUACUACUUUACCGAGAAAAUUGUAGUGAGCGGUCAAUUAUCUUCAUCUGCCACUCGCUUGGUGGGAUAAUUUGUAAAGAUGCUUUGGACUACUCAAAGCAGAAUGUUGGUUUCCAGCCUUCACUGGCUGGGAUCUACCCUCGUGUGCAGGGUAUCAUCUUCCUUGGAACGCCACAUCGAGGAAGCACAGUAGCAUCUCUUGCUGUUUCUGCGUCUCGAAUAGCUCGAGCAGCUCUACUGGACGUGAAUGAAGCAGUUCCAAAGGCCAUUGUGUUGAAUUCGGAAAUUCUAGAGCGUAUAUGCGAAGCAUUCGCACGCAUGCUUGCUACCAGGACAUUGAAGGUUCAUUCGUAUUUCGAGGGACUACCAACCUCAAAGCUGGGAAUAGUUGUGGACCGUAACUCCGCUAUCAUUGGGGAUGCGUUCGAGAAGAAAAGCACAAUCUACGCUACUCACCAAGACAUGUGCCGCUUUUCGGGAGCAGAAUCUGAUGGUUAUCGCAAAAUUUUGGCUUCUCUUCGCGAGAUUAUAACGACCGUGGGACCAGGCAACGAAGAGGUUAAAGACAAUCUUCAUAAGCAAAACAGUUUGGUGAAGACUAGCCCGAUUCAUUCCGGGUUCAGUCAACUAUCUACAGAAACGCAAUCUUUGCCAACAUCUCACGCGUUAGGAAUCAGCGGUGUAACUGGCGACUUGCUUUUGACAACCGAAAGCAAUCAAAAUGUUCCGCAAACUCGCUGGUCCACUGAAAGGGCACCAUAUGGCCCUGUCUCCGAAAAGAAGCAUCCAAGGAAAAUACAUGCGAUUUUGCGCGAUAAAGAUGGAGAUCACAUGCUGUCCGUUCUAUUUGAGGAUCGUUGCCUCAACAUCCGCUUCCACAGAACCGUCCGACUGCCAGAUGACGAUAAAGACUACAAUCUACCUGCCAGUCUUGGGACAUUUCCUCUUUUCAAUAUUUCCAAAUUUACCAGUACCAUGUCCCAAGACGUUAUCGAGAAGGGGGGCUUUUUCCUACCAAUGUACCAUAAGUAUGAUAUGGAAGGUUUUCGAAUCAAAAAGGAAGCUAUGUGGAUAUCUUUCCAAGAAAGCAAUGUAUGGAAACAUACAUCACGAACAGUUCCUUUCGCAAUAAGAAUAUAUGCCGGUGGCGUGAACGUGGUAUCUGGAGAGCCAAUGCGACCAAACAUGUCAACUUUUCUCAAGUCAAGAAAUGGCGUGGCUCGAAAACAAGACUAUAUAGUCCAUCCAGAACAGCGCUGGAUCGAUGGAGCAGCAAUCAGUCCGGGAAUCGUCCGACAAUUUGUGGCAGUACCCUAUGGUUCGGGUCACUCGAUCGAAAAGCAGGUGACUGGCUUCGAGUGUGUUGGUGGUUUGCAGAUUGAGAUUAUUCCAGCCACUGGAGGCAUGAGGAUCUUGGUUUCAACGUUCCGAGACUUCUACAUCUACCUGCAUCCAGAUGAUACGAUUGCUACACUAGUGAAAACAAUUGCAAAACGAGAUGGCUGCCAAACUCCCUACGAAUGUAGCUUUGAAGGUAGAAGACUGGAAAAUGGUGAGAAAGGUCAUCUGAUGGUCACCUUCAACGCUAAUGAUGACCUUUGA